UCGAGCCUCUUUCAGGGUGUUUCUCCGCUUCUCCUUAUGCUGAACCGCACCGGUAAUGGAGCCGUCUUGUGGGCCCCUGAGAUGUCCCGAGGAGGACAGGAGACCGGCCAGCUGCAAGUUUGUGGAGCUGCAUGUGCUGUAUGUGCCAGAGGACCAGUGGAAUGUGAAGCUCAACAGAGUCCCCGCAGAAGCCAUAGAGAGCUUCGUAUCUGCAGGCUUCAUCAGGGUUUAUCCUGAUAUCACCCUGAAAGCUCUGAGGGGCGAGCUGGGCGCUCUUCUGGGCGCAGAGAGGAGCGUCGACAAAUUCUCCUUCCUGAAAUGUGUGGGUCGCAGCCUGGCACUGGUUAAAAGCAAACAGGAGAGGGAUCUGAAAGUGAAAACAUUCGCUCCACCGUAUGCCCCGCAGCCGGAGCUGUACCUGCUGCACGCUGUGGAGAACCGCAGCGGUGCUUGCUCCCAGCCUGCCACCCCAGACACCGGCAGCAGCAGCUCCCCAGACCGCCUGCCCUAUUACCACCUUCCCAGGGCGUGCAGCCUGCCAACAAGGACAAAGGAGCCUGUUAAAUUCCCCCUCAUCCCCCAGUGUUCCCAUCAGCCAGCUCCCACACCCAGUCUAGAGGAGGAGGAGGAGGAGGAGGAGGAGGAGGAGGAGGAAGAGGAGGAAGGGGAUGAGGAGCAGAGCUACAGUUCUUCAGAGGGAGAUGGAGAAAAUGAAGAUGAAGCUCUCUGCUCCAACAAGCCUGAGUGGGCAGAGCAGGAAUGUUGUCUAACGAAGACUCAGAAUCAAAGGGCACCACAGCCUGUUUCACCGAAUAAAGUUUUACAACGACAUGAGGCUGAUUCAGCUCAGGCGACGGAGUUGCCAGAGGAAGAAGCAAAAGAAACCUGCAGGAAGAAGAAACAAUACCACAGAGAAAACAGAGCGGCCAGAGAUUCGGGAGUAGCAGAGUCCCUGGAGGACAGAAAUUCAGGCUUCUCCCUCACAGACGGGCUUGGGAAAUCAAAAGAUGCACAUACACUGAAGUCCGUCGGGAGUAAACCAACGAGUGGGGUGACGGAAAGUCCAGCUGUGUUGUCUCUGCCUGUUCGGUGUACCUCUCCACCUCCAGACCUAGACUUGGCCUUGGUCACCCAUAAAACUGCGUCUUCUCCAGUCGUUCAGACGAGCAGAGAGGAACUGAUCGAGGAAAUCAAGCUGGUGAGGGAGGAGAGAAAGCAGAUGGAGUGGACAAGACAAGAGUUGCUAAGAAAGGGGAAAGAUUUAUUGGCCCAAAACAGACACCGGAGGAACCAAGCACGUGACAGCUGGAAAAAGAAAUAUUUUGAAACCAAGAAGGCCACAGCACCAUUGGAGGACAACCUGAAAAACGUACGACAAGAGUUGGAGACAUUUUACAACAAACUAUUGCACCAGCUCCAGGCCAGAGAUAACAGAGGGAAGCCAAGACGACAGGGCAGAUCUUCCAUCAAGAAUGAGCUCAUCAUUCAGAUCAUGAAAGAGAGCCACGAGAUUGACAAUCUGAAGAGGAAGGUAGAAGAUGCCAAGAUGAAGCUGGUAACAGAGAUAAAGUUGAGGAAACAGGCUGCCACAGAGCUGAGGGCCCUGAAGGCUGAACUGGCCCAGAAGAAAAGCCAGUCAUCUCAUCCUGCGCCAACAGCCUCUCUAGGCUUUGGAAAUACCAGACAGGACAGACCACAGGUUCAGAACACUUCCAUCUAAUUCACCAUGUACAGGACUGUGCACAAGACGGUUGUCUGGCCUUAACUCUGCCGGGACAGAAGGAUUUUGUUAUGUGUCGUAUGUUUCUGGAGAGGGACUGAAAAAUGUUGAUUUUAUAUGUCUGAUUUUAUAGAGUUGUACUUUCUACAUGGCUUAAUAGUUCGUACCUACAUUUUGUAUUUUUGUGCUGUUACUUUUUCCGCAUUUUAUUAUCACAUCAUGUGCCAUUUGAUGUGGUCUGGUUUUUUUCACAAUUGAUAGUGUUGACUUAUCUUCUCAUUUUUCUCAGGUGCUGUAAGCUUGUUGCUAAAGGAACUCAGCUAAUCAAAACUGUUUAAGUGGUAAUGUAACUUCAACAAUUUAUUGGUU